GUGAAAUGGAAGCGCAAGUAUUGGAAGCAAUAUGAGAAACUAACCCAAAUCAGCACUAGCUCGAAUCGCCACAUCUCCAAAAAAUCCACCCCACCCGUGACUCCACAACGAGCCUCAAUAUCAACGACGAAAUAUCUGUCAAAGGCAUAUAAACCCCUGCCAAACAUGGCGACAAUGACCGUCACAGAGACUCGGACGAAGAACCGGUUGCCGAAGAAUGUCAAAUUGCCCCCGGAGAAUGAGCGGUACAUGCGGGCAUGCGCCGACAUUGCCUCAGCACUCAUCCAGGACUAUGAAGCACAGGCCGACGGCUCCAAGCCGAAGAAGGACUUGAAUCUCAAUCAUUUGCGGGGGCAAAUGUCGAAGAAGCAUUAUCUGAAAAGUCAACCGCCUCUUACAGCAAUUAUCGCGGCCGUCCCGGAGCAUUAUAAGAAAUAUAUCUUGCCCAAAUUGAUCGCCAAGCCAAUUCGAACAUCUUCUGGAAUUGCUGUAGUAGCGGUUAUGUGCAAGCCUCACAGAUGUCCACACAUUUCAUACACAGGUAACAUCUGCGUCUACUGCCCAGGUGGCCCGGACUCGGAUUUUGAAUACUCAACCCAAUCAUACACUGGAUACGAACCAACUUCCAUGCGAGCCAUUCGAGCUCGCUAUGAUCCUUACGAGCAAGCCAGAGGUCGAGUCGACCAGAUCAAGUCCCUCGGCCACAGCGUCGACAAGGUUGAGUACAUCAUCAUGGGCGGCACAUUCAUGUCCCUGCCCGAAUCAUACCGAGACGAAUUCAUCUCCCAGCUACACAACGCCCUAUCCGGUUACCAGACCAAAGACGUCGACGAGGCGGUCUCCGCGGGCGAAAUGAGCAACAUCAAAUGCGUCGGCAUCACCAUCGAAACCCGACCCGACUACUGCCUCGACACCCACCUCUCCUCCAUGCUUCGAUACGGCUGCACGCGCCUUGAAAUCGGCGUGCAAUCCCUCUACGAAGACGUAGCCCGCGACACCAACCGCGGCCACACCGUCGCCGCCGUCGCGAAAACCUUCUGCCUCUCCAAAGACGCCGGCUUCAAAGUCGUCAGCCACAUGAUGCCGGACCUCCCGAACGUGGGCAUGGAGCGCGACCUCGACCAAUUCGUCGAAUACUUCUCGAACCCGGACUUCCGCACCGACGGCCUGAAAAUCUACCCCACCCUCGUCAUCCGCGGCACGGGGCUCUACGAACUCUGGCGCACCGGCCGCUACAAAAACUACACGCCCAACGCGCUCAUCGACAUCGUCGCGCGCAUUCUCGCCCUCGUGCCCCCCUGGACCCGCAUCUACCGCGUGCAGCGCGACAUCCCCAUGCCGCUCGUGACGUCGGGCGUCGAGAACGGCAACCUGCGCGAGCUCGCCCUCGCCCGCAUGAAAGACUUCGGCACCUCGUGCCGCGACGUCCGCACCCGCGAGGUCGGCAUCAACGAGGUGAAGAACAAGAUCCGGCCCGACCAGGUCGAGCUCGUGCGCCGCGACUACACGGCCAACGGCGGGUGGGAGACGUUCCUGGCGUACGAGGACCCGAAGCAGGAUAUCUUGAUUGCGCUGCUAAGGCUGCGGCAGUGCUCGACGGAACAUACGUUCCGGGAGGAGCUGGUGGGUCAGCCGAGUUCGUUGGUUAGGGAGUUGCAUGUUUAUGGGUCGGCGGUGCCGGUUCAUGCGCGUGACCCGAAGAAGUUUCAGCAUCAGGGUUAUGGUACGUUGCUCAUGGAGGAGGCGGAGAGGAUCGCGAGGGAGGAGCAUGGAAGUAGGAAGAUCAGUGUCAUUUCUGGGGUGGGCGUGAGGAGUUAUUACGCUAAAUUGGGAUAUUCGCUCGACGGGCCGUACAUGAGUAAGACUUUGGAGCCGGAGUGGGAGAGGUGGUAGAGAUUGUCAAAGAGCGGGGGUGGAUAUAUGGAUGAUACGGUGGGCCUUCGUCGCCCAUUUGGCGUUAUAUUGGAUGGUAGUCAUGCAUUGCGGGCGUUCCAAAAAUCGACAUCUAGAGAUACGUAUCCCAAGGAAAUGGGCUGUUACAGAGUCAACGAAGAUUAUCAGGGACGACAUUUGAUAGAUCGAAAUGUAUAUUUCAUAUGUUGCGCUAAGCGGUUAUGAAUCUACAUCCCACCAAC